AUGGCUUCGUUUAAUACCCCUCGCAAUUCUCUCUUCUGGACAAAUGCUCCUAUGGCCUCUGCAUACCUCGUUGACGACGAAAGUACCGAGCAAGAAGACCCAUUGGUGGGAGUCGACUAUGAUGGUCGGACGCCUCUCGAUAAAACCAUCGACAGGAUAGGGAUGGGUACAUACCAGUGGACGCUGUUAUCGCUGUGCGGUUUCGGCUGGAUGGCAGAUAAUAUGUGGAUACAGGCUAUCGCUAUCAUUCUGCCACGAAUACAGCAGCACUAUUCAGUGCCCGACAGUUACAUCGGUGCCGUCUCUUCUUCUAUGUUUGCUGGGAUGAUGUUGGGAGCUAUUGGUUGGGGUACAUGUUCGGACAUACUUGGACGAAGUGCUGCAUUCAAUGGGACUCUGUUCUUCACUGCCAUCUUCGGCUUGAUGGCUUCAUUUGCCAAUUCUUUCUGUACCCUAUGUAUUUCCCUAUUCUUCCUUGGGAGCGCAGUUGGGGGUUCUAUGCCUACAGACGGCACACUCCUGCUCGAGCACAUGCCCAAAGAAAAGCAGUACCUCGUUACAGCACUUUCAAUCUUCUUCUCCUUUGGCGCCGUUCUUUCGGCAGCCGUUUCCCUUUUCGUACUCCCCAAUAACUCUUGUACUGGCAUCCCUUGUGACGUUGACACACAAAAUCGAGGAUGGAAAUACCUACUUAUCACCCUCGGACUGAUUACCCUAUGUAUGUUUGUUGCGCGCAUGGUUCUCUUUCGACUCCAUGAAUCGCCUCGCUUUCUGGUGCACGCAGGACGGCCCCAGGACGCAAUUAGAUCUCUUCAACUCAUAUCCAAGUUCAAUGGGUCAAGCUUGUCUAUUGAACUAGAAGAUGUCCGAGAUCACCUCCACGAAUCGGAAACGCUGGAAAUCGACCCUGAAUCACAGAAGGGACAGGGACGCGCUCGCGCGACAUCACGAACCAUUUUCGACGCAAGUAUCAUUGAGGACGGCCCCGUUUCUAGUUCCCCACCACGACCCUCAAGUAUUGAUAGUAACGGAUCAGCGUCGCGGCCUGCGCUGAUCACAGCCUACUCCGCUACAGGCGAAAACACUCAGAAGUUAGACUCGCACACUUUCAUGACGCCUGUUGCUGAAGACUUUCCGAUUCUCCCAUCUCCUGUUUCGUCCGAGCCGGCUAGGAAAGAUGCGCCGACAACAGCCAUCAGCGAGCACAUCGAACAUGUUGCUCCCGUUCGGAGACGCCGCCUUUCUAAUGCUUCACGUCGAUCGUCGGUUUACGAAGAAAAAGUGUGUCGGAGCCUCCCUCGCUGGCUGAGGAGACCACUUUGGGCAUGGUGGGAUCGUACCAAAAUGGUGCUGGCACCAGAAUGGCUUCGGACUACUAUCCUUGUCUGGACAGCAUGGUGCGCCAUGUCCCUCGCGUAUACCAUGUUCAAUGUCUAUCUCCCAAAAUUGCUCGAAACACGGUCAGGAAGUACGGAAGAAUCCCAGACUCUAGAAGGAAGCUUGUGGGAUGUAAUGAUUUUCACCAUCGGUGGUUGUCCUGGCGCUCUUCUAGGAGCGUUUCUAAUUGAAUCGAGCUUGGGAAGGAGAUGGUCACUAGCAGGGAGUACUUUUGUCACUGCAUUCUUUUGCAUUCUGUUUGUCCUUGUGAAGGCAACUUGGGCCGUAAGACUGAGCACUGUCGGCAUCAGUCUGAGCGCAACAGCUAUGUGGGCCGUGCUUUAUGGUUGGACGCCAGAAAUAUUUGGGACCAAGGUGCGAGGGACAGCCUGCGGUAUUGCAUCGGCCCUGUCCCGAAUCGGGGGCAUGAUAGCACCCAUGCUUGGCGGGAUACUUUUGAUGAUGGAUCGGUCUGUCCCUGUAUACACCAGCGUCGUGAUUUUUGCCAUUGCUGGAUUUUCUGUACUUUUAUUGCGAGAAGGAGAAGGGGACAGCUCCAGAGGGAAGUCAGGGAGGGCGCUGAUCCACUAG